CAACUAUAAUCGACAGCAGUUAGAGGUCUGUUUAACACAAUACUUUACACGCUUACAUUAGCUUAUCAUAUGUAAAAUUGACGCCUUUCCAUCAACACCCCUUGACAAGCUAAGCCUAGGUGAGGGCCUUUCCUUUUCGCCUCUCGAUUAAAAUUCGACGGUCUGAGGUUUCGUUCGUGGUGUUCUUCGCGGCCAAUGUAGUGAGUAACAGGUGGCUUAGAUGAUCAUGCAGUGUGUGUCAUACGGCAGUCCGCCGGUUAGCCAUCACCUCGAUCUCCCUGAUUCUCUCACCUUGUUUCUUGUGACACAAGAUGUCCUCCACCAUGGAGUAGAAAGAUUGAGUGCCAUGAGUAGAAGCGACCAUAAGUUGGUCAUACCUGAUGCGAUCUUGGUCACGGCGUGGAAUGUCCGCUGGGCCGCAGAAAAUAUUCUGAACAACAUCAGGAGUGGCACUCCUGGUGCCGACAAACGCCCUGACAGUCGACCGGAAGGGUUCCCGAGCAGGGUAUACAUAUUUUAGUCAAUAAUAAAAUACAGUGGUAAACAAAAUUUGUUUUCGUUAAUGAUGAUUAAUAUAAGUAUUUCUUUGGGCGAAAACACGUUCGUUCAUAAAAUUACGAAUAUUAUAACAAUAAUAGCUAAAACGAAUGCAAUACGGUCUACCUACCUACAUAAUAAAAUACCUAACUUACCUAAAAUAUACAAAAUUACAAAUAUUAGUAAAAUAUAUACUUUAGUUGUUGAUUCUAUUAUAGAGCUCCCGGUUUCAUCCACCAACAAAAGGUUUAGUUAUAGAAAAUAUAUGCGUGAAAGUAAACCGUUGAUAUUAAUGUUUAAAUAAAUUAACAUGAGAACAAAGUACAUUACUGAACCACAGUUAUUUGAUCAUGCAUUUAUUCACGGAAACGAAUACAUUUUUAAUUGGUAACAGAACACAGAAAUAUUAAUAGGUAGCAAUAUUUUUUACGAUAUGCAUAGGUAUAAGCCAUAAAGCAUGAAUGUAGACUUUUUUCCAGGUGAGAUGGGGGCAAAUGUAAUUUUAAAUUAUAUUUGCCUAGGAUAAUAGGGACGGGUGCAGUCAAUGUUAUAAGUAAUUGAAUGUAUAUCUGUUAGUAAAAAUUAACCAUUGCUAACGAAAAAACAAUUCUGAACGGAAUUCAGUUGAUAGUGUUGCUUUGUCAACAAUAUAUAUGUCAUAUUAUGGUAAAAUAAUUAUAUAGUUAAAUAAUUAAAUAAUAAAAAAAAUAAAUAUCUUUGUAAAACCAUAAGUUUCUUCGCUCCAUUCAAAAUCUAAAAUAAAUAACGAUUUUUGUUUAUAAAAUAAAUCUUCAACUAUAAUAUAUCAUUAAUACAUAGGUUUUAUUACAUAAUAUGAGUACGUAAGUAAUAAAUCGGAUAUUUAUAAACAUAUUUUUAGUUUUUUAUGAAUUUAACUUUAAUUACUUAUUAACAAAUUAUAAUACAAUUUUUAAUUUACGUGUAUAUUAUCCACUAAAUUGCAUUAGUACUUUUUAAUUAAUUGGUCUUUUUUUGAAUUUACUUUCUCACGAUGAACACUUAAUGUGGGAACAGACAAUCUGUACAAAUAUACUAUGCAUAUUUUUCAGUUCGGUGUUUUUAACAUCCGUGACUAUAGUUCGCAAAAUGUUUUUUUUCCGGAAAAAUAAAAUCCGGGUUUAUAAGGUUUCCGGUAAAAUAUAGCCCGAGUGUAUACAUUCCGGAAAUAUGUAAUCCUUACAAAUACGGUUUGAAAAUAAAAAUUCCGGAAGCCAAUAUUCCGUACAAAUACAAUUCGUGCAUUUACAUGCGUCCAGGUUUUCAGCUCGGAAAAAUUCCCACCUACCUGAAUUUUGGUACACACCUUUAUGACAUCGUUAUAAACAAUAUGUAAAAAGUCGACCUCGAUAUCAUGUACGCGUCAAAGGUUAUUCGAAGUCAAAGGUCAUAAGAAUGGCAUUUUUGAAUACCUCGCUUUUUAUUGGUCGUACAAUAAUAAUAUCGAAUCGCACUAGUGGUAUACGAAUUUUAACGUUUACCAUACGAAAUUACGAUAAUACAUAUUAUAUAUAACGAUAAUAAGAAUGCAUUCGUUUUACGCGCGAUCUACUAUGUAUACAUAUUAUUGUCGUUUGAAUGAUAGGCAGUUAACUGGAUGGUUGUGCGGUAACAUUUUGUACACAUAAACGAGGGGCGGCUAUUAAAUAACGAGACUUCUCGCCUAGAAGGUGCCCUAGAUGGGUAGUGAAAAAAACGAGUAAUGCGUUGGGUAUCUAGAUAUCUUAUCUAUGCACGUACCAAAACAUGUUUUCGUCACUAUUAUAGUAUUUGUGCAGUAGUGGUUUGAAACGAACGUGUUUUUUUCUCGUGCCGAAAACCAUGUGUGACGAAAAACAUGAGCAACGGAUAAACGUAAAAUUUUCUCGUUAAACUAAAAAAACCUCCAACUGAGUGCUAUAAGUUGUUAAAAGAGGCCUAUAGUGAGGAUUUCCUAUCUCGGGCGCGUGUUUUUGAGUGGCAUAAAUUAUUUUCUGAAGGUCGAGAGUGCACCGGAAUCCAAUUCAGUCGUAAUCCAAAUUCAAAACCGUUUUCUUCGAUAUCAACGGCAUCGUGAUCACUGAAUGGGUUCCAGAGGGUCAAACCAACAUUACUAUUUGACAGUUUUGGCAACAUUGCGCGAAUGAGUUCGUAAGAAACGGUCGAUAUUGUGGAAAAACAAGUCGUGGAUCUUGCACCAGGAUAAAGCGUGAAGCGUUAUUUGGCCGCUUAAGGCAUUCCAGUACUCGAACACGCGUCUUACUCACCCGACUUGGCACCCUGCGACUUUUACUUGUUUCCGAAGAUAAAGUCUGCCUUAAAAGGAAUCCGGUUUGAGUCGAUGGAAGAGAUGAAACAAAAAUCGGCGGAACUCCUGAAUGGUCUUACGAAAACAGACUUCCAGCACUGCCUCGAGCAAUGGAAGAAACGAAUGAAACGGUGUGUGGCGAGGGGAGGGGAGUAUAUUGAAGGGGAGUAUUUGAAUGUAGAAUAA